AUGACUUCGAAAACUAAAAACGGUACUUCGGCUGCGACGACCGAGAUUCCAAUCAUCACACGAGACGGACAAGACUUUACAGAAAUUAAGGAAGGGCUGGCUCGAAUCCUAGUUCCAUUCUCGGCGACAGAUGCCUCGGGCAAGAAGCUCAACAAUGUCGAAGAGCAACAAAAAGUUUUCUACAAUCCUAUCCAGCAAUUCAACCGUGACCUUACUGUUCUCGCGAUUAAAGCCUACGGACAGGCGAAGAAACAUCCCGCAAAUGCCGAUAGAGUAGCUAAGAGGAAACGCGAGAAGUCUGAUACUGGCGGCAACAAGCCAAAAAAGCAAGAGAAGGUAGAUGCGGUAGCUAAUCAAACUGCUGGAGAUGAGCAAUCGACCAAGGUACAAGAGGCAAAGACCAGCGAAACUAAACGACCUGGUCCCACAUUCACCAUUCUCGAUGCUUUAUCAGCUACAGGACUCCGGGCGUUGCGAUAUGCUCAGGAAUUACCAUUUGUUACAUCAGUUACUGCAAACGAUUUGAGCCCCACAGCAGUGGAAGCCAUCAGGCGUAAUGCCGAACAUAAUGGAGUCGAGUCUAAAGUGAAUGCUACGUCAGGCGACGCCCGCGCGCACAUGUACUCCUUGCUUACUCAAGAAGAACCAGAUGAUGGCGCAAAGGACAAGCAUCGUAAUAAGAAGGGCGCUCACAAGCCGAACAAGACGAACAAGAAAUACGAUGUAAUCGAUUUGGAUCCUUAUGGAACUGCUGCUCCUUUUUUCGACGCAGCACUCAAUGCUGUUCGAGAUGAUGGCGGCCUAUUGUGCGUUACGUGCACGGACUCGGCUGUCUGGGCGUCAAACGGAUAUCCGGAGAAGGGAUUUGCCCUUUAUGGUGGUGUGCCUGUGAAGGGGUUUUACUCUCAUGAAGUUGGACUACGUCUAAUACUCCAUAGUCUUGCCUCAACAGCGGCACGAUACGGACUGGCCAUCGAGCCUCUCCUAAGUUUGUCAAUCGACUACUACGCCCGAGUAUUCGUUAAAGUUAGGAAAUCUCCUGCACAGGUGAAGUUUCUUGCAGGCAAGACAAUGGUCGUGUAUAACUGCGACCAAGGGUGCGGAGCUUGGGAGACGCAAUUUCUAGCUCGCCAUAGGAAGGCUCCUAACAAAUCUGGAAAGGGGGUAUUCUACAAGCAUGGUUUUGCCUUGGCGCCUACAGUCGAUCAACUUUGCAAGGAGUGCAACUCCAAGAUGCACUUAGCGGGACCGAUGUAUGGUGGGCUAUUGCAUUCUACCGACUUCAUCCAGAAGAUCUUGGACGAGUUACCCAAUGCCCCGGACGACAUCUACGGCACGAAGCCGCGUAUAGAGGGGAUGCUCCAGACAGCGCUUGAAGAAUUCCUGCCAGUUCCGGAAGAUCAUCUGGAGAGUUCUAGGGAAGAUGAAUUUGCCGCGGUUGAACCAUACCCGUUCUUUUUCCACCCGACAGGUCUAGCACGCGUGGUGCACUGUAUCUGUCCUGAUGAAGACAGUUUCAGAGGUGCUCUGCGUCACUUGGGCUAUCACGUCACUCGCAGCCACUGCAAGCCGGGCAGUUUGAAGACCGAUGCGCCAUGGUCAGUUCUUUGGGAUGUUAUGCGGGAAUGGGUUCGUCAGCAUCCUAUCAAAGCCGAGAAAGUCAAGGAAAAUACCCCAGCAUACACUUUACUCAGAUUAGGCAAGAAAGAUGAGGCAGCGAAGCAUGAAACUAUAAAGGACAAGGAACACAACGAGGUCGAUAAGCUAGAGAUUGUCUUCAAUCAAAAUCUCGGGCGAGACACAUCCAAGGCCGGCCUGACCAGACAUUUUUCCGUGCAUAAACGAAAUAUGUCUGUUAACAAUUCCAAUGGUGUCACCGCCGACACCGGACAAGACGGGUUAGGCAGCGAUGUUGGUUCGGUUAAAUCUGAAGAGAUUGUUGUAAUUCUGAGACGACCACAGGGAACAGACAAGCCCGAAUCAUACGACAUUUAUAGCCUAGGGGAAGAGGCCGGGGAACAUGGGCCUUCGUUUAAUCUAUCGAAAAUUCAGACCACAAGUGUUCCACAGGUCUCAUUCUUAAGUGAUGAUAUUCCGGGGUAUUUACGGAGCGGACCAUUACAGCAUGUCCAUGUCGUCGUGUCAACCGGUUCCGGGACGGGUCUCGCUUCAAACUUUUACAAUUCCGUUCUCCGACCUCUUCUAGAGGGCCUGGGUAUUCAUGCGUUGGAACCAUGGGCCGAUUUGGCGGAACGAUCGAGACCGAAUAUUUAUAAUCUCGUUAUCACACAACAUGCUGAUAGUGUGCGCGAUUUCGCUAGGGAUCUCGGAGGUUCCAGCCAGGCCACAGUACAACACACCGUGGUCCUUCUUAGUGGUGAUGGCGGUGUCAUUGAUUUUCUCAAUGCUAGAGCACCGAUAGAAGAAUCGGACGCGGGAGCUAACCUCCCCUUAAUCGCAAUAUUGCCAUUAGGCACAGGAAAUGCGCACUUCCACUCGCAACAUAAAUUGGCGAACAAGGUUACUGAAUCCCCUGAGCCCUCUAGUCUAGUUCAGAGUUUACGCACUUUGUUCAAAGGCAAAGCUGCGCCUCUGCCCUCUUUCAAGGCAGAAUUCCCUCCUGGCUCUCGUAUUAUUACCGUCGAGAAGUCUGAUAAAGGCCUCGAGAGCCAGGCUAAUGCUAUCUCUCACCUCUACGGCGGUAUUGUCGCUAGCUACGGCUUCCAUAGCCAGCUAGUUUGGGAGAGCGAUACGCCGGAAUAUCGAAAAUACGGUGCUGAGCGGUUCAAGAUGGUUGGACAGCAGCUUCUCGAAGAGAGCCACGCGUAUAAUGCUGUCGUUGAAAUUGACCGAGACCGACAUGCAUACAUCUUAGUUGCUAUGGUAUCCAACCUGGAGAAGACAUUUACGAUUUCGCCGGCCAGCAGACCCCUGGACGGUGAAUUGAGACUCGUCCACUUCGGGGCCGUAAGCGGGCAGAAGACCAUGGAGAUUAUGAUGCAAGCGUAUGAUGGAGGAAAGCACAUCGAUAUGAAAUGGACCGGUAGCGAUGGCGAGGAAGAAGGGGUCGGAUACGAUGAGGCACGGGUAGUCAGGAUCACCACUCUAGAAGAAGACGCCAGAUGGAGGAAGGUCUGUAUCGAUGGCACGAUUGUAGAAUUGCCCCAGGGUGGUUCUAUGACGGUCAGAACAGAGGAUAAGGCUCAUUUGCGGGUUUUGGUAGAUCGGUCUGUCGCAUAA